AUGAGUUCUCCGGCGAUAAAUCAAGACAUGAUCCUAGAGAUUCUCUCUUAUUUUCUGGUAUCGGAGACCGGAAAAUCGAGGCUCAUAAACAAAGAGUUUAAUAAGAGAAGCUACGAGUCUUGGUUUCUCAACCUCAAUCUCCAUAGAACCAAUUCUAUUUCUGGAUACUUGGUGCAAUACAAUGAAGGAGGAUACAAACUUCAAACCAGCUUUGUCCAUGAGGUGGGAGAUUUCGAAAAGAAAGGAAUCUCUAUUGAUUUUCUACCACAUGGAAAAGCAAAGAUCGAAGCUUGUGACGCAAGUCAUGGGAUUUUGCUUUGUGUUAAUGAAACAGGACCAGGUGUACCGGAUUGCAUAGUCUGCAAACCAACAACAAAACACUAUCAGAUUAUACCAAACCCGAUAAUGCAGAAUUGCGGUAUCUCAUUCGGUUUAGUGGUAAUCGGAUUGGACCCUUUCCGGUAUAAAAUACUUAGGCUCUCUAGGUUAUCCGCGGGGAUGAAUCGGAAUCAUAGAACAUUCGCGUGCGAAGUUUUUGAUUCGGAUUCAUUUAUAUGGAAGAGAUUGAAAAACUUGCGUCUACCAAAAGAAGACGGUCUCAUUCUUUCAAACCCGGUACAAGCUUCUGGUUUCUUGCAUUGGUUAUCAUGGAAUCACAAUGUGAUCCGGUUCUGUCUCAAAACCGAAACUUGGUCUUUCUUCCAAACUCCUAACUUUGGUGUUUCUCCAAAAUUGGUCAAAUACGAAGGGAAGCUAGGCGUUAUUCGGUGGUCGGGUUAUGGAGAGGCAUUAAACCGGUUAUGGGUUUUAAAGAGCAGUUUUGUAAAGUCGUGGGUAAAAGUGAAAGAUAUUAAAAAGAUUGGGUUAAGAGAUAACGUUUUGUGGACUCCAAGCAACGACGUCGUAACACUUUCUAGCUCGGAUCGAUUUUGUUUCUACAACACAAACACAGAGAAAUUGAAAAUCAUUCAAACAAAUAGAGAAUUCUCCAAUUACAUUUGUUUCCCGUUUUGUUCGGACUACCAAGAGGUUACCCUAAGAAAUGGGCUCGAUAAAUGA